CACGCUGGGAUAUUUAAGUCUUCUCCGCGGCGCGGAGCCGCGAUGUCUCCGGCGGCUGCGGCGGCUGGCGGAGGCGAGCGGCGGAGGCCGAUAGCGAGCGGCAGGGACGGCCGGAGCCGGGGCGGGGGCUGCGGCGGCCCUGCCGGGGCGGCGCUCCUCGGCCUGUCGCUGUUCGGCCUCGUGCUGUACCUGGUGCCGGCGGCGGCGGCGCUGGCCUGGCUGGCCGUGGGGGCCACCGCGGCCUGGUGGGGACUGAGCCGCGAGCCCCGCGGUUCGCGCGCCCUCUCCUCGCUCGUUAGGAACGCGCGGCGUCAGCGAACCCUGCACGCCUCGCCUCCAGCCAAGUCGGCGGUGAACGGAAAUCUCCUAGAGCCGAGGUCCCUGCUCGAAGGACCGGACCCCGCCGAACUGCUCCUCAUGGGCAGUUACCUGGGCAAGCCCGGCCCCCCGCAGCCUGCCCCCGCCCCGGAGGCCAGGGACCUGCUGGAGAGGCCUGGCCGCCGCCGCACUCCCGCCCGCGCCGCGCCGCCCGCGCCCUCGGCCCAUCGUGUGCACCACAUUUACCCCUCUCUCCCCACUCCUCUUCUCCGAUCCUCUAGGAGGCCUUCCCUCCGGGAUUGUGGGAGUUUAUCACACCGGUUUGUGAUAACACCUCGAAGACGAUAUCCAAUCCAGCAGGCCCAGUAUUCCCUUCUGGGCGUACUUCCUACAGUGUGCUGGAAUGGUUAUCACAAGAAGGCUGUGCUGUCUCCUCGUAAUUCCAAAAUGGUGUGCAGCCCAGUGACAGUGAGGAUUGCUCCUCCGGAUAGUAAAUGGACUCGUUCGCCAAUACCAGAGCAGACAAUCAACUCAACACUGUCCUCACCAUCAAGUAAUGCUCCAGACCCAUGUGCAAAAGAGACUGUACUGAGUGCCCUCAAGGAGAGGAAGAAAAGGACAGUGGAGGAGGAAGACCAAAUAUUUUCUGAUAGCCAGGAAAAUAAAAGAAGGCGCCAUGAUAGCAGUGGGAGCGGACAUUCAGCAUUUGAGCCCCUGGUGGCCAAUGGAGUCCCUGCUGCUUUUGUGCCUAAGCCUGGCUCUCUGAAGAGAGGUCUCAAUUCCCAAAGCUCCGACGACCCCUCGAAUAAGAGAUCUCGCACCUCUUCUGUGAGCUCCCUGACGAGCACGUACACAGGUGGCAUCCCUAGCUCCAGCCGCAAUGCCAUUACCAGUUCUUACAGUUCAACUCGAGGUUUCUCUCAGCUUUGGAAGAGGAGUGGCCCCAGCUCGUCGCCGUUCUCCAGCCCCGCCUCGUCCCGCUCCCAGACCCCCGAGAGGCCAGCAAAGAAAAUAAGAGAAGACGAGCUUUCUCAUCGCUCCAGUUCUUCAACCCCGUUGGCAACAGACAAGGAGGCCCCGGGAGAAAAGGCUGCAGAUACAAGCACGUGGAAGGCGCAGACCUCGUGCAGCUCCCCGCCCACACCUGGCAGCUCCGGGCGGCGCAGGCGGAGGGUCCAGUUGCUGCCGUCGCGGCGAGGGGCCCGGCUGACGCUGCCACCCCCUCCCCAGCUUGGCUACUCCAUCACUGCCGAAGACCUCGAUCUGGAAAAGAGAGCUUCGCUGCAGUGGUUUAACAAGGCCCUGGCAGACGGGACCGAUACCGCCUCGAGCUCUGUCGCCGAGAAGCCCCCUGCCACUCAGCCUUCUCUGACGUUUACCCUGCCCGCUGCUGGGACCGCCGCCUCCCCAGCCACCCUCCCAGCCCCGUGCAGCAGCCCGCUGCUGGAGAGCUUGAAGAAGAUGCAGAGUUGUGCCGGCCUAUCGUCUGCCCCGGAAUCCACUGGAGUGGCAACCACUGUGGCCCCUUUGCCUCCGAAGACACCCAGCCUUCUGGCCCCUCUUGGCUCUUCACAGUCAGGGCCCCUUCCAGGCACUUCCUCGGACUCCAAAAAUGCAGCCACUUUCUUGGGGCUGACCCCUGCUGCAUCCCCGACACCAGCCACUGACACCACCAGGUCACCUCCGGCUCCUCAGGCUGAGACAUCUGCCAAAUCCCCAGCCCCGGCUGCCCGGUCCCCCACCCCCAAGGAGAGUCUUCUGUUGGGAAUGCUGAGCACCCCACCCGCUGACCCCCCUGCGUCUGCCGCCCCCGCUGUGUCUUCAGCAUCCCCCAUGUUCAAGCCCAUCUUUGCGGCCCCGCCAAAAAGCGAGAACGAGAGCCCCUUGCCGUCCAGCCCCUCCAAGGUCCCCACCACGGCACCUUCCAGCUCCGCCCUCCCUGCACCUGCUAGCAGCCCUCAGCCCACCUUCAAGCCCGUCUUCAGCAGCAUGGGGCCCCCUACCUCUGCGCCCUUGUCCGCUCCCUUCUUCGGUCAGACCGCUGCUCCAGCCACUGCCACGAGCGGCCCUCUCUUCGCCGGCCAGGCCACUGCCGCCUCAGCCGUGGCUCCCGUGGCUCCCGCGAGCACGGCCAGCACGUCGGCGGACUCGGCUUCGAAGCCCACGUUCAGCUUUGGCGUGAGCGGCGUGACCAGCACCACCACCUCCGCUGCCGCGCCUUUCCUCUUCGGGGCGCCCCCGGCCUCCGGCGCCAGCUUUAGCCCGGCCGUGGGCUCCGUGUUCCAGUUCGGCAAGCCCCCUGCCGCGCCCGCGUCGACGGCCGUCACCACCUUCGGCCAGUCCGUCCCCGGCGCCGCGCAGACAGCUGCCGGUAGCGGCGGCCCCUCCAGCUUCGGCGGCUUCGGCGGCGGCCUCACCGCGCCCGCGCCCGCCACCAGCAGCCCGCCGGCCCUGACCUUCACCACGGCCGCCGCCGCCGCCGCCGCCGCCGCCCCGGCCUUCCACAUUCCCUUCGGCUCGAGCCCCAAGCCCGCGCCGCCGUCGUACCCGGGCGCCAACCCCCAGCCCGCGUUCGGGGCCGCCAACGGGCAGCAGCAGGGGCCCGCCAAGCCCGCCGUGGCCCCCGGCUUCGGCAGCUCUUUCGCGUUCGCGAACUCCGCGGCCCCGGCCCCGGCCGCCACCCCGGCGCCCGGCCCGGCCCAGCCCGCCUUCGGCAGCGCCGCGCAGUCCGCUUUCGGCGGCCUGAAGCCCGCCGCCUCCGCCUUCGGCACGGCCGCCAGCACCCAGCCUGCCUUCGGCAGCGGCACGCCCGUGUUCUCCUUCGGGGCGGCCACCACCGCGGGCUUCGGAGCUACGACCCAGACCACCAGCAGCGGGACGAGCGGCUCGGUGUUCGGCGGCACGACGCUGUCGCCCUUCACGUUUGGGGGAUCCGCCGGCACGGCCGGCGGCGGGAGCUUUGGGAUCAACGUGGCCGCCCCCGGCACCUCCGGAGCGUUCAGCUUUGGCACGGGACAGAGUGGGAGCGCCGGCGGCACGACCCCUUUCGGAGGAGGCUUGAGUCAGAGCACGCUGGGCGCGCCCAGUCAGAGCACACCCUUUGCCUUCAAUGUGGCCGGCACGCCCGAGAGCAAACCUGUGUUUGGAGGCACCUCCACACCCACCUUUGGUCAGAACACCCCUGCCCCCGGGGUGGGCGCGUCAGGCAGUGGUCUCUCCUUUGGGGCAUCCUCAACACCCACCCAAGGCUUUGUUGGAGUCGGACAUUUCGGCUCGGCGGCCCCUUCCUUUUCCAUUGGUGCAGGAUCCAAGACCCCGGGGGCUCGGCAGCGACUGCAGGCCCGCAGGCAGCACGCCCGCAAGAAAUAGCCUUUGGCCCCCUUCCGUCCCCGCCACUCCUUGCCCAAAUGUGGACCUCAGCACCUGCUAGGAAGAGCCUCUGACCCUUCUAGUUCCAUAGAGCAACCACCCCCCGCCCCCAUCUCUGGCUUCCGCCAGCGGGGAGGCAGCGGCAGCCCUGGUGGCCGUCCCGCUCCUCGAGGGGGCAGGGGCCGCAGCCCGCUCCCCGUACUUGAACAGCUCCGCGGUGAGGCUGGAGAGCGCAAGAACAUCUGUACAUAUGGUCCCCUCCUUCCCUGACUCCUGUGUGGUGUGUUCCCGCCGCUCCCCGCAAGAGCCAGCUUGGCGGGGGGAGGGGGGGUCGCAGGCACAGCCCUCGCCCUUGUCGCCGCUGGGGACGGGAGUCGGGGAGCUGGGUCAGCCCCGCAGCUUUACCUUGCUUGGCUUGCCUAUAAGAAGUGGUUCUCCCCGGGGCCCGUUAGGGGACCCUGCUUCCCCCUCUCUUGCUGCUUUGUUCCUCACCGGUUCCUUGCAGGAUCCACUCCUUUUUAAGUGGCCCCGAAUUUCGCUUUGCCUUGGAGACCCCAGUGGGUGCUGCUCCUGCCAAGUCCGAGUCAAUGUUUCGUCCCCCACCCUCUGCCAGUUUGGCCCCUAAAAGCUUGGUGGCUCAAGACUGUUAGCCUGGCAGCUGCAGGGGGGAAGCGCCCGGAGCAGGCAGGACGUCCCCCCACUGUUCAGCUGCCUCCUCGCCCGCCUCGCGCCGCCCCCCCCCCCCGGGUUGUAUGUUCAAAGCCUUGUCCUGUGUUACCGUCUGAUGCUCAUGUCCAUUGCUCUUUGAAUCGAGUUUGGAGGAAGAAUUGAAUCGUAUGAGUGGCGGCAUGUUGGUAGUGCCGGACUUAACUGUUCCAAGUUUCUGGGGCCUCGCUAAUUGAAUGUGGGAAGUAGCACCACUUUAUGGCUACACGUGCUGACUCCUGGAUUUGCAAAUGGUGUUUUGACUUUAAGGGCUGGCAGCCCUAGAGGAUGGGGCCGAGGGGAAGCAAAGACCUCUUCCCUCCGCCGUUUCCCUCCCACCCCCGCCGUGGGCUAGAUCCGCCCCAGGAUGUGGUAGAAAACCAAAAGUAGUGAACCACACUUCAGAAUUCUUCAGGUUCCUCCCCCCUCCCCCCCUCCCUCCUCUGUUCCCAGAUCACCUACCCCGGGCCCAAGAGCCUUGCUGCCAUGCCCAUCCUCUUUGGGAGAAGUAUGAAUGCGUGUGUCUAAAUUAAAAGAAAAAAAUAUUUAAACAUUUUUUAACAAAAUAAAAAUUUAUUUUUGUAUUUAAGCUAAAUUGCCUUUUAAAUUCCUUCAAGCUUGGUUCACUGAGGUGGUUAAGUAUAAAUGCUAUUGACUAGGAAUUAGCUGUAUAGGUAAGUUAUGCCCGUGAGAGGCUCAGAUGCUGUCCUCGGCAGCUCUCCUGAGGGGCCGGAGCUCCUUCAGGACACACGAUAUAAAAUGUAACUCUUAUUUUAUAAAUAAUGUGACGUAGAUGUAACUAGUCCCCCCUCACCCGUGACCGAGGUUGAGUGCUGUGUAUGGCAGGCGACGGUCAUGGCCAUCCCCGUCGCCCCGCGGGCCUGACUUCCCUGCGCGUGGAGCUGAGGGAGAGGCCUGCACCUCAUGUCCCAAAUCCCUGUUAGGGGCGGGGGGCGGGGGGUGGGGGGCGCACGGGUCUAGAAAGCAAGCUUCCGCGGGCAGCUGACGGAAGGUAGGCCCCUCUUCGCCACAGCACUCUGAGCUAGUUACCUCGGUUCCACCGGCAGGACGGUUGGUCCGGGAGCCCCCGGAAGAGGGUGUCCUGGUGCAGCCCGAGUGAGUGUGUGUUUGGGGGGGGGGGGGGUGUGUACACGGGUGUGUGUGUGUGUGUGUGUGUAUACACGGACGUGCACUGGACAGGAACGGGAGGCUGGGACUUUCCAUGACAAAGAGUUAAUUCCUGUGAGUCUAGUUGGAAUUUUUAGUAUGAAUGUGAGAUUUUUCUCCUUGCUUAUGUCAUUAAGAAUAAAAAACAACUGUGAUCUAUCGUA